CACUGGAUAGCUGGCCACCAUGACAACUUCUUCUUCUGUUACGCCGGAGAGCUUGCGCAAGAGACUGGGUCAGUUAACAGGCGCACAAGACAGUAUACAGUCCGUGUCAUAUUGGAUUAUUCAUCACAAGAAUCACUAUCGUCAGAUCCUGGAUUGUUGGUUUGAUAUUUACAAAGAUGCCAAAUCUCGCAUGAAGCUUACCCUCCUGUAUCUGGCCAAUGAUGUGAUUCAGAACAGCAAGCGGAAGGGGACCACGGUCUUUGUAGAUGCCUUCAAGAAUGUUUUAGAAGAUGCUGCCAACCUCUGCCAAGAUGACUCGAUCAAAAAGAAUGUCUUACGACUUUUCAAGAUUUGGGGAGAGAGGAGCAUUUAUGAAAAGGACUUCUGUGAUAAACUCAUUGCAGCUGUAGGAAAACAACAACCUGAGACCAAGAAUCCACCGAAGCCAAAGGUUGACGCCAAAUUCCUUGCUGAAUUUCAGCCUGAAGAAGUACCGGAUGUGAUAGAGGAACUGAAUGAAUUUCAAGAUGAGGUGGAACUGAAGUUCAAGCAGCUCUCAAAUCUAAACCUUGAUGUUACCAGUGUGGACACAAUAUCACAACUGAAAGAUCGAGCUGGAGGGAAGCUGUUCUCCCAGCAGUUUGAGGAUGCGGCGGACCGUCUGGAGGAGUUUGUGGUUGCCUUGGAGAAGGAGGUCAAUCUGCGCAAGCAGCUGGUGGAUCUCCUUGAGAAGAGCGAGAUCUACUUUGAUGCUCAGAUGGGAGAAGCGAGGAUCGUUGCCAAUGCAUACAAGAAUUUUGGUACUCGAGUGACAAGCUUGAAGAAGAGAUUGGAUGACUACAAGAAAGUUCUACCCGAGAUUGACCUAAGCCCUUUACCAUCCCCUUCAUCAGAUGCUCCUUCUCCAGGUGCUACCCCUCCCCAGGAGCAAGAUGGUGUAAACAGGGAUUUGGAAGAUAUGGAACUCUCAGACACAGAUGACGGGGGAAGAAUUAUUGCUGCUGUUCCUGGCAAGUCAUCAAGAUCCAAGAAGACUGAGAAGAGACAACGUAAAAGUGCAUCUUCAAGGUCCAAGAAGAAGGCUGUAAGCGAUGGAUCUGGACAGAAAAUCUCCGUCAUUGCGAGCAGUCCAGUCUUUCCUAAUGCCACAACAUCUCAGGGGGAGAAGAUCCAUUCCAUCUCUCCAAAUGUACCAGGCAGUUCUUCGUACGCAAGUCCCUUUGAUUUCCCUUCUUCGAGGCAAGAUGGUGGAUUGGUAACGACUGCAGGAGCCGCACCGGUGUACACUCCAAGCAUGACCACUGGUUUCACACCACAGGCAAGUGCAGCUUAUACUCCUGCAAGUUCAGCAGUUUAUAAUCCUACUGCUGCAGCUACGACGUACAGUCCUGCAACCUCUGCAGUUUAUAAUCCAACGGCGGUAACAACCACGUACAGUUCUACUGCCGCACCUUACACUCCUGUUGUGACAACCCCGUACAAUCCAGCAUCAUCUGUUGCUUAUUCUCCUGUUGCAGCAGUGACAAGUGCAUAUGUACCUGUUGCUUCAUCUACUGUGCAGGCAUACUCUACAGACGCAACAGCACCACCAGUUUAUACCCCAACCGCUCCAUCCGUCGCACAGUCUUAUACACCUACCGUUGCUGCACCAGUUGCAGGAUAUUCCUCAACUGUUUCUUCUGGAGCCCCAGGUUAUGUACCACCUGUUCCUGCUACAGUAGCUCCAGUAUAUGCAGCUCCAGAUCCUGCACCUAGUCCUGCAUAUACACCAACGAGGCCUGCAGUGAAUCCUGCAUAUACGCCAACAGCCCCUGCAGCAACCCUUGCGUACACACCAACAGCUGCAGUUCCUGCACAACCUGCAUACACCCCUAUUGCCUCAUCAGUAUCACCAGCAUAUACCCCAGUUGCAUCCACAGUAACUACGGCUUAUGCGGUGACCACACCAUCAGUUACACCAUCCUAUCCAGCUCCUGGCUCUACAAUAUCAUCUGUUUACACACCAGAUCCUUAUAACCAGCCUGUACCAACAUCGACAGUGAGCUCUGUAGGAUACAACACUAAUGAUGCCACAGGUUACAAUUCAUCAACAGAAUCAGCAUACAAUCCUGUAAAUGUCUCGUACAACCCACCAGCGCCUUCUGCGUACACUCCUCCAGUUGCGACCCCAGCACCUGCAUCAGCUCCAUCAUACACACCCCCAGUGGCAUCAACCUAUGAGCCAACACCUUCAACUACCUACGCCCCUUCAUACAACCCGCCUCCUCAUGAAAGAAGCGCCCAACCGUCCUAUGGGCAGUCAUAUUCAAACACAUAUACAAGCAGUUCCGAAGAGGGUAAUGCCUAUGAUCCUUCACAGUCACAGUAUAAUUACAACAGUGCGCAAAAGCCUUUGCCAUCUAGAGACUUUGAUUAUCCAACCCAACAGGCCAGGGACUCUGAUGUCACACGUUCCGGAACACCUCUCAGGGAUGAACAGCUGUCACAAGCAGAAGGGCCCUUGUCAUCUGACCCAGCAGCAGAUAACUCAUACUAUCCUCCCCAAAUAUCGUCAGAGUACAGAAAUACUGUCCCUCAGCAGAACGUAGCACCCGUUGUUCCAGCCAAUCCAAUGCAGUUCCUGACAAAGUUGAUCAGUAGUCGUAAUGUGCCUGCAAACCCUGAUAAACCCACAGACUUCUUGAGUACCCUGAGCAGUCUCUCAGGAGCACAGCUAAAUGUUGUAGAGCUUCAACAAAGAGAAUCUCCACCGCCACCUCCUCCUCCCCCUGUCCGUAAACUCCCUCCCAAACUGUUAGACGAUGAAAGGACAAGUGGAAAACGCGUAACUUCUACAAAUGCUUUCAGCAAAAGUAGGGAGUCUGAGAAAGCGGACAGACCGGAAGAGAUGGAAGAAGAAGAAGAUGAUGAAGAGUACCUGACUCCAGAAGAAAAAUCCAAACUUGACAAAGCCAAUAAAUCUUUUGGUAUUGGUCAACUGAUGUUACAGCUAGCUGACAAAGGAAAUGAAAAAGAAGAAGAGAAAGAGGUGGAGGAGGAGAAGGAGGAGGAAGAGGACAUGCCUGUAGAAGAGGAUUUUGAUUUUCCCUUAUCAAAGGACAAAGAUGAAAGAUUUCCUGAAACUCCUGAGGAAGAAACCAGGCAUGGUUCUGGUGACUAUGCCAAGCUACCCCCUGCACCACAAUUCUUGAUAAAGCCAAGGAAUACUCCUGUAGGUUCAUGGAUACCUCAACAUGCUACACCUAAAAAGCCUGUGGUUCUCUGUAAACCAGGGAUACCCUUGUCUGUAUCACCUCCACCACCUCCACCUCCACCACCACCUUCGUCAGCAGCACAACCCCAGCCAGUUGUGCCAUCAGGUCCUGCAACGAAUGCAGUAGCGGUUCCAGCAGUCCCGCUUGCUGCAAUGCUGCUACCUCCACCACCCCCUGUGACUGAAGAUCCACCACCACCACCUCCUCCACGUCCAGCACAAGUACAGACACCAACAGCACUUGCUGGGCAAGCUCCAACAAUACUCAAACCUGUGGUCAAUGUUCCGGCAGUUCAACCUCAAGGAAUCGCUGAAGAGACUGAUCGUAGGCCAAAUCUGCAACCCCGAUCACAAGCUACCAAUCAUACUAGUGUCCAAAGACAAAUCUCUUCAGGACAACCUAUUACAGUUGUUCGUCAGCUUUCAGAUCCUUCUCCUAGUCCUCCUGCCCAGCCGAUAAGAUCAAUCAUACAUGAUCGCACUUCGGAUGUUCAAAGAAUAUCUGUGGUGGGUAAUACACGGACUCAAGACUAUGAUGAGCCAAGACCUGUACCUGUACUCGGACAGUCACUCAGGAUACGGGGACCAGUUCCAGGACCUCCACCUGGACCACCUCCACCAACUGCUAGACAAUUGUCAGGAUCAGGCAUUAGAGCUCCAGGACCUCCACCUGGCCCGCCACCAGUCAGUGCAAAGAGAAUGUCAAAUAAGGAAUCUGCACCUACUGGUACUGCACCUGAUGAGCAGCAGGAUACUCCUCAGAGCCCUGAACCUUCCAAGAGUUUGGAUUCAAUGCCGAUUAGUUCCAUACCUAGUUUAGUUUCGCCCACAAUGCUUAACCCGCUGAAGCGGGUGAACCCUACCCCAGAGGCCUCAUCACCAUAUCCAGAAAUUACUGAAGCGAAGCCUCUUAGAUCUAUUCUUAAACGCUCCAAACCCACUUCUCAACCUGAACCAUCUCCUGUAGAUGUGGAUUACCGUAAAGAUUCACAAAUACCCGUAUUGGGUGCACAGCCUCGUUCACUUUCACAGGACUAUUCCACAGAUUCACCUAUUCAGGUUCUAGGUUCCAAGCCACCCAUACCCCAAUUAUUUCCUCAAAGUGAUGACUUUGAAUCAUCGGACUCUAAAAUAUCUGUGGUGGGUGCUGCAGGCCAGCCCGGAAACAUCAGCCCAAGAUAUUCCCAAAGACCCCCUUUUCCUAGAGGAGGACCAAGAUCACCAGAACAUAGAGUGCCAGGACCCAACAGGUACAACAGAAGCCCAAGUCAUGAUCAGAAUUACUCUGAGAGGCCCGUUAUCCAGAGGGACUAUGGACAUGGUAAACGGCAACAAGAAGACUAUGACCAUAGACAGCCUGCUGGCGACCAGGUAAUGACCAUCCAGACACUGGGUAGUGAUCGUCCUCCUGCCUUUCAGGAUAAAUACCAUCGUGGUCCUCCAGAACAGAGACAUCAGUAUGAGCCUGAACCUAGACACUUUGAUCGUCAGUAUCGCCCCGAGAUGAGACCAAGGGGCUAUGGUCCAAGACCUCAUGGGCAGUUCAGACCAAGUUUCAGGGGUAGGUCCCCGCAGUUUCGUCCAAGACAGUCAUUCUAUUAUUAAUGUUUAUUUUUUGUAUCUGUACAUGUUCCUUUUUUUAUAUCAAUGAUGUACAACUAUAGUGUACACUUAUAUUGCAUAUGUUUAGCCUCUGUACAUGGACAAACAUGUAUGUUUGAUCAAGUUUUCUUUUUUGAAAAUAAUUUACUCUUGCAAACACUUCAUACAUCUGCACACUUGUUUUACAAAAGGUGCUGCAAGAAAAUAUUUGCUAUCAAUGGCAAAUGCGUGUAUCAACAAUUUCAAUUGACAGAUCCCUCAAAACUGGUAAUCAGCUUUCAGUUUCCAUGUUGCAAGUUACAGGCCCAAUUAAUCACAAUUUUUCAAUCAAUCGCAUGACUUGUGAUAGGCUCUUACGAUUGAUUUGCAAUUGGUUGCAUAUUUCUUGCAAUACCUCUCAGGGCCACCGCACACCUUACGACUGGUCAACGAUCCGAUUUUGCAACAAAUUGCAUUUUGCUCAUUUUCAGAAAAUGUGAAUAAAAAGUAUCUCUUUAUCUAAGCUGACCAUUUUGAGGUGUUUAAUUAUUGUUUUAUUGGCCCAAACUUGGAGUAGUGUGUGCGCAGCGCUUUGUCACCGAAAGGAAAAGGCGCGAAUUAAAUGACAUUUGGAUUGGUUCAAAUUGACUGAGAGAAUACUAAUGUAAAAAUUUUUGAUGAUUGUAAGCUUUCAAUUUGGAGUAAAGGCCAAAUAAGAUCCAAAUCGUAGCCAAUCUUAUGAUUGCUAUGGCGUCAUUACGACGAGAUAUUAAUCUUUUUAUUCUAAUAAGGAUGAAAGCAUAUUCACAGAUUUGAAGUAUUCGUAAGGUGAUUUAGAACAUUACUCAGUAAGAUAUUCCAUGUCUCAAUAUUAGCAGGAAAUUCUACUACGUUUUACUCCAAAAUUGGGUCGCAGGCCAAUCGUAAGGUGUGCAAUGGCCUUUAGACAUACAACCUUGGCGAAAAUCAUGAUGAGUUUAAUAUUUGGUUUAAUUUUAAGUGCAAUUUUUAAAGUUUAGUGUUGCUGUUGGUAUCUUCAAUUUAUGUAGAUGCUCAAAAUGCCUAGAAAUGAUUACACAAGACGUAAUUCUUUAUCGUUUUCAUCAUGAAGAGAUCCUUGUUAUUUGCUUAUUGGUUUGGUUUUGAAAUAUAUUAGUAUAUUUCCACUCUCUUUUGCUUCUGUUUGCACAUGCCUCCCUUGCAUGUUUUUUAUCGAUUGUUCCAAAAGAUUUGACAACUCCUUGUGUAAGAUAGAAUUAAAAACCACAGGGAUAGGUUAUAUUCCGAAUGGAAAUGUGCGAAAUUUGUCAAGAAAAAUUAGUUUUGAAUUUGCCCAUUGCACUUUUAUUAUUAGAUAUUUGAAUGGAGAUCAUAGAGCUGAAUUAUUGCUAUGGAAUGUAAAUGUGUUUGAUUUGCAAAUAACAUGUGUCAAGAAAGCAGAUCUUAUAUAGAUUGAUAGAGUUCUGAAUUUUGAUUACAUUUUUUCAAUUUUAGAAAAGAAAAGAGAGUUAAGGUACAGUUAUAUUUUUGCUUCAGGUAGUUUCCAAGAGCACAUGAUGAUAUUGAAGGCCUCGACAGCUAAUUCUGUGAAUUAUGUAAAUAAUUAUUUUUAUAUCAUGGGUGACUCUUAAGUCUCUUAAGCAUUGUUCAUGUAUAACAAGACUAAAUUCAGCAACAUUUUUUCAUAGUGUUAAGAAAUGAUGAGACAAAUUGUCCCACUUCUGCUAAUAAAUGACCACUUUAUCUCUCAAGUCCCAAGAACUGUCCAAAGUACAUGCAAAAACUGGUGACAUCAUUAGAUGAUCUCAUUAUGUCAUGAUUCACGUUACAUGAUGCCAUGAUGUCAUGAGUUUGUUAAAUUUUGGCUACUGGAUUGUGUAUUUAUGGAUUAUAAAUUGAAGUGGCUUUUAGAUUCACUUUAUUUUGUAAAAUUAGCUUAAAAAGAUAAUAAGGUGAAAUGUAUUAAGCAGAAAGUGGAACCGAUUCGAUGAAAGAUUGGAAAUGUCUUUGUGUUUUAGAAUGAUGCAAAUUUUUGUGUUUGCAUCAUUCUAAAACAAUGAUGCAAGUUUUUUCUUCAGAUAAACAUUUGGUAAAACUAUUGAAUGGAGAUGAUCAACAUCUUUAUGGUACUAUAUUAGGCAGUUUUGAGGUUCACAAUUUUAAUGUUCAGUACACACUAAAUUGAUUGGAGGUUAUGGUACAUGCAUGUAUGAUAUUUAUAACCUAAAGGUGUAUUAGACUCGAGGGUAUGAUAUCUUGUUAGAUUUUAGAGAUACUGGCCCCCACAAUGAAUGCAUUUUAAACAGAAGAAAAUCACAUGAGAUCAGUGGAGGUUGAGGGUUAAUGGGCAAGUAUUAGAUAGGGUAAGCGUAAAACCCUACACACACUAAAUAUAUAGAACUUUAUCUGAAAUUGUAUUGUUCUGUUUUAUAAGACGAUGAUGUCGGUCCUGAUGUUAAAUCAUCCUUUACUCAUCUUCAGGAAAUAAGGAAAAUGGUGUUUAAAUGCUUUGUCACAUGUAUGUCCUCAACUAAUCAAUUUAUGGAUAGGAUGCCCUUCACAUAAACCUGUUUAUUUACCCCCACCCCCACUUCAAUAUUUAGAAUGUGCUAAAAGAAUGUUUAAGCUAAUGUCUUUAUCUUAAAGCCCAGCGCACACUACAUGAUCUGACUUAAAAACAACUUUCUUUUUGCAUCGAUACAAAAAUUGAAGAAGUGAAGUUAUUUUAUUUGAAGUUCGGCACAAUGCCAGGAAUACUAAUAUCAGAAUUCUGCUUUGCUGCAACCUUAUGGUCAGAAAUAAUUCCAAAUCAGCUUCAAGUCACAGCUGAAGAUGAUGUAAUUACGAUUUGGAAUUGAAUUAGCUGUUAUUCCUACAGAGAGGCUUGAAAUAGACUAAUUUUUAUUUGGGAACUCAGACCACUAUUCGAUACUUUGAUCGUUAAGAUUAUCUAGGUUGGAAUAUUCAUAUCAAAUGCUAUUACUAUUUCUUUGAAAAUCGGAUCGCAGCGUAAUGUGCACCGGGCUGAAAACACCUUAUAAGAUUGUAUUAGUCAUACAUAUAUUUUGUAUAUAUUGCCAGCUACAAACAGAUUCGUUGUUUCACACUUAUCACUUUCCAACAAUAACACUUAUGGAAUUGUCAGCCCUAGUAAAAGACUGAUUUGAUGAUUAAUGGUGUCUUUGAUGUAAUAAGACUGGGAGUAAAAGAAUUUCGAAGUGAACCAGGGAAACUACAGUUAUCCUUUACUGAAUAUACAUGUAAUUUUGGGAUGAAGUUCUAACCAAGAGAAUCUACAUUGUGGACAGGUGUCCGUAUUGCGCAAGUAACCAAUAGUUUUCAUCAUAUUUAUCGUAUAUAAUCCUAUUAUCAAGGGUCAGAUGAUUUGCCUUUAAUUUCUCCCUCAUUUUAUACCUAUUUUGCAGCUGCUUUAAGGCUACAUUGCGGAUAGGACCCCUGAUAAAAUAUGUUAAUAUUACCAAAAUAUUUCGGGAGGCAAUCUCCUACGUUGCUCUUACAUGCCAAACUGCAAAUUUUGCAGCUUUUUGCAAAUAAAUCCUUUUUUCGGAUAUCGCUAAUUGAGCUAUCAUCUUGCUGUCACACAGUUAUCUUUGUGACAGAGAUGAACGAGGAUCUCCUCUUUUUUUUGGGGGGGAGGGAAGUACUAAUUUUGUAGAUUACAGCAUUCUUGCACAUCCCUGGUCAUAUAUUCCUCAACCAAGAUACUGCAAUAUUGUUGCAAUGUUAUGGUAUUUUGAGGCAUAUAUGAACAUGUUAUGAAAAGUGUACUCUGCAUCAGGACCAUAAUAUUGCAGUAUUGGCGUAUAAAUGGAUGGGAACAUGGUGCAGUCGGUUAAACAGAUAACAGUGAGCGUGUGAGGUGUUUGCCUGUGUGAGAGAGAAAGACAAUCUUUUUUACUUUGUAACUAUAAAAGAAAUUGUUUUGACUUGAUGACUAUAAAAGAAACUUGGGAACUUACACAUAUCUGCCUAUUGACUGGAAGGAUGGUCCUGUGUAAUCAAAAUCAUUUAUGAAUAAUAGUGGUAAACCAGUCCUUGUUUUAAUCAAUGAAGUUUAUGAAUA